GGUUCCGCUGUCGCGCGCCGGACGGCUGCGCACAAUCCGUAGCGGCCCCAGCCAAGCGGUUCUCGGGGAGGUUGGGGCUGUUGACAACCGCGGCUGGAGCGCCCGCCAUUGCGCAGGCGCCUUAAGAAGAUUUCUGCCUCGCCGGUGUCCCUUCGGGUCUCCCUUGCCCCCCAGGAUCCACGAGCGCCGCGUGCCGACAGUUCUGAGUUCCGCGUGCCGGCAGCGGGAACCCUGAUUGCUCUCCUUCAACACACUCAUUAUGAAGUUAUUAGUAAUACUUUUAUUUUCUGGACUUAUAACUGGUUGUAGAGGUAACUCUUCCCAUAGUUUGCCACCCAAGUUACUACUGGUGUCCUUUGAUGGUUUCAGAGCUGACUAUCUACAGAACUAUGAAUUUCCCCAUCUCCAGAAUUUUAUCAAAGAAGGAGUCCUGGUGGAACAUGUUAAAAAUGUUUUUAUCACAAAAACAUUUCCAAACCACUACAGUAUCGUGACAGGCUUGUAUGAAGAAAGCCAUGGCAUUGUGGCUAAUUCCAUGUAUGACGUAAUCACGAAGAAACAUUUUUCUGACUUUGAUGACAAGGAUCCUUUUUGGUGGAAUGAGGCAGUACCUAUUUGGGUGACCAAUCAGCUUCAGGAAAACAGAUCCAGUGCUGCUGCUAUGUGGCCUGGUACUGACGUGCCCAUUCACAAUACCACACCUUCCUAUUUUAUGAAUUAUAGCUCUUCAGUGUCAUUUGAGGAGAGACUAAAUAAUAUUACCACGUGGCUCAUCAAUUCAAAUCCACCAGUCACCUUUGCAACCCUCUACUGGGAAGAACCAGAUGCAAGUGGCCACAAAUAUGGACCCGAAGAUAAAGAAAACAUGUACAGAGUGUUGAAAGAAAUAGAUGACCUUAUUGGUGAGCUAGUCCACAAACUCAAGGUGCUAGGAUUGUGGGAAAGUCUGAAUGUGAUCAUUACAAGUGAUCAUGGGAUGACCCAGUGCUCUAAGGACAGACUGAUCAACUUGGAUCGCUGCAUUGAUAAUUCAAGCUAUGCUCUUAUAGAUUUGACUCCAGUUGCUGCUGUACUUCCUAAAAUAAAUACAACAGAGGUUUAUAACAAACUGAAAGUCUGUAGCCCUCACAUGAAUGUUUAUCUCAAAGAAGACAUUCCUGCCAGAUUUCAUUACCAACAUAAUAAUCGAAUUCAGCCUAUUAUUUUGGUUGCUGAUGAAGGCUGGACAAUUGUGUUAAAUAAAUCAUUACCAAAAUUAGGUGACCAUGGUUAUGAUAAUUCUUUGUCUAGUAUGCAUCCGUUUCUAGCUGCCCACGGACCUGCAUUUCACAAAGGCUACAAACACAACACAAUUAACAGUGUGGAUAUUUACCCAAUGAUGUGCCACAUCCUGGGAUUAAAACCACGUCCCAAUAAUGGAACCUUUGGUCACACUAAGUGUUUGUUAGUUGACCAGUGGUGCAUUAAUCUCCCGGAAGCCAUUGGAAUUGUUAUCGGUGCGCUCUUGGUCUUAACCACGCUAACAGGCCUCAUAAUAAUCAUGCAGAAUAGACUGUCUGUACCCCGUCCGUUUUCCCGACUUCAGCUGCAAGAGGACGAUGAUGAUCCCCUAAUUGAGUAAUGCUUGCUGGAAUUUAUACAGAGUAUCUUUAAUUAUACAUGAAACCAAGGAUACAUUCAAGGGAUGGUGUUAUAACUAUGAAAAAUCUACUUUGAAAGACAAAGAACUUAGACCAAGCAUGCUAGAGUUAUUUUGUUUUUCCCUGUGCUUUGUUUUGGUGCAUCAGCUAAUACAGAAAAAACGUGACCAUAGUUAAAAUUGCUAGUAAAUCAUUAGUUAACACCACCGAGUUCUCUAACUAGAAACUUUUUUUAAGAAAAAUACUGCCUCUGCCUUUUUUUUGCAAUGAAGAUUUGACACAAUUUUAAAGGAAAAUAUACCAAAAUUUAGUAGGCAUGCUUUUCUAAUAAAUUUUUAUAUUUGUAACCGAAACAACAGAAAUCUUUAUGCAGUUAGAGGAUUUUGUGUAUCAGGAAGGAAAAGUUUUCUAUAUUUUUAUACUUAUUAACCUUAAUAGAGUUUGUAUCCUAAGUUCACCUGUGAUGUAGGAAAACCUCUGUGAUGGUUAAUAAAAUCGGUUAACCAGGCAGAACAGAUCUAGCAUGUGAAGAAAUUAUUUUAAGAAAAGCUAUUAUAAAACACAAAACAAAGACCAUGUGAUACAAAGCCUCAGUCUCCACCAUUGCGUCUUUGUUUAGACCCGUAAGCUGUUGAAGCCUCAAAAGAUCUCUUUUGAAGAUUGUUGCUAAUAAGAAACUAAGAAAAUAGAAUUGCUUUCCUCUGUUUGUGCUUAGCGCCUUCGAGUAAGUUAUUCAUUUGUGUGUGCCCAAGUGUGUUUGUGUGCACGAGUAUGCAGACUUCCUGUGACUUACAGAAAGUGUCAGAGGUAGGCUGGUGUGUAGGCUGACUUCCACAAAACGUGGCUGUCAGGCAGACGAUAUAAUUGCACUUCAUAUUUGUUUACUUUCUUCUGACUCACAAGCUAAAAUCCUAACUGAAGAAAAUUCAUCGGCUUUUGUUACCAUUUUUUACUUUUUCAUGUUUAUUAUAGCCAGAGGUAUCCAAGUCCUGCAGAAAAACCGAUGACCUAAAUACAAAUCUGGUUUCAAUUGGGUCAGAACGAGGAAGAGAGAUUUUGAUACUUAACCUUUGGGACAUUAUGCCUUACUCUUUAGGCAUGGGAUUUGGUAUCUUUUGAUCUUUUCCACUAUUCAUAUGUUAAGUGGCAGAAUUUAAGCUUAAACUCUAAGCACUGUUAACAUUCUGUAGCCUGAGUGCCACCUCUGAUUUUUUUUUUUCAGUGUUUGGUUCAUAGAAAUAAUCACUCUGCUCCUAUUUUUGUAAACAUACGUGUUCAGAGCUAAGGAUUUGCUGUGAAGAAUCACCAUCCUACCUUGCUAGGUGGUACUUUCUAAUAAUCAAAAUUAAUAUGCGGAAACUGAGUUGUAUCUGUUAAAGAAAAAACUGGCUUUAAGAACCAUCCAUCAGGACCUGAGGCAGGCCAUUAAUAGUGUGAACUUGAAAGUUUUGACAAUAUAAAAUAAACUGGGUAACUGUCUUUCAGAUAAAAAUAAAUUAUCUACAGCAAAUAUGCAGCCCAGUUAAAUGUUGAUUUUCUAUGAUAGUAAAGAAAAAUGCUGCCAGUUAUCAAACAUAUAAUUCAUCCUAUGUGGUCACUGCUAAUUUUGUGAUCCUAGCAUUUGAUGCCUAUUGUUUUGGGGGUUCUUGAGAAGCAUUUCUACAACCUGCAUAAAUAGUCCAUGCUAUUGGUCAUAAGUGGACUGUGUUAAGAACAGCAUAAUAAACAAAUGAAAUAAAACCAA